UUUGCAUUCGCUGUUCGGUGUGUAGAGUUUGUCUCGGACAGUGACUUGUGGAGUGUUUGCGACGUUGCUGGGAGCGUGACUUGUAGAAAAGGAAUGGGUACAUUGCCUCGAGCACCCAUCGAUCAGUGCAGUUUCGGAGUGGGAUUCAGGGUAAGCCUAAUAUGCGUGGCAAUAGGGGCAGCUCUGUUCACAUACCGUUGCCAUAGAAUUACUUACAUGAGACCGACCGUUAGUGCCAUAGGGAGUAUUACCAUGGAUGAUGCAGUGGGCUUUCAACGCACCCACAUCCGGCCUAUAGACGGAGGGAACGCUAACUCAGGAUCUCUAGAAGCCGGAACUAUUCAAUAUCGCAACCUGAAUAUCAACAUGACAGCGUCUUCACAACAACUGUGGCCCAACGACACCCAGUGUGACAGGCUGACGGUGAGGCCUGGCCGAGGCAUCAGCCAGACGUGGCUCCUCUCCUUCCCUCGCUCUGGCAACACCUGGACCCGUUAUCUGGUAGAAGCUGCCACGGGGGUCUUCACGACGUCAGUUUACCAUGAUAAGUUGCUCGUUCGACUCGGAUUCCAAGGCGAGCGGGAGGGCGUUGACGCAGGAACCACACUCCUGCAGAAAACCCAUGACACUCGGUGGAUCAGUAAUACCUCCCAGCCCGUCAUCCUGUUGAUCCGGGACCCCCAGAGAGCCAUCACCUCGUUCUGGAGCUGGAUGCAGCUAAGCGGGGAUCCCGACGGGUAUAAAGCAUCCAUUUCCGCAGUUAGAUACAAAACACCUGGAUUCCACUUAUUCGUCUGGGCCAAGACGCUGGAGUGGAGCCGCAUGAUCGUCAAAGCUGCAGAAAAAUACGAAAACCUAACGACCCUGUAUUACGAGGACCUUCUGAAGGAUCCGCUGAAGGAACUCCGACGGAUCCUUCACUUCCUGAGGGUCAAGCCGGACGAAGAGCGACUCGCGUGCUUGGCUAGGCAUCUCGAAGGACCGUUUAAGGGUACAAAAAAAGUCGUUGAUCCGUAUAGCAUCUUCGAAAAGAAAAUCCUCAAGUCGGCGAUUGUGUCCGCGUCAAAAGCCCAGGAGGAGAGAGGAUUCGCUCCUUUACCUGAUUAUAAGCUGUGAUGUUUUAGUGUUCUAAGGGAUUUCAUUACUAUUCAAACUCCUUCAAAGUAUCAGAUGACCAAAGGAAAUAUAUUUAUUUUAACAUA